UGUGUUCUGGUUUCUCUUGGGUCGCGCGUGUUUUGUUUCUUCUCCAUUGGACUCCACGCAGAGAUAUCCCCCGCGCACUAUCCGCUGCACGGAGCUGUGAUAAUGAAUUCACUGACUUUCGUGCGAACCAUUUCAACAUCCUGUGCUCGCCUGGGCAAGAGGAACUUCCGGAAAUUCCAGAUGUCGAACCGAGGUUCUAUACACGAUAAAAUGAACCCCGGCCCCGAGGAAUACGUCGGUGCUCGGAUGCCAACAAUGGAGGGGAGCUCCGAAAUCAUACCGGAAAUGAUCCCAGAACUUGUGGUACCUGAUCUUGAAGGCUUCAAACUGAAACCCUAUGUCUCCUACAAUGUUCCAGAGGUCAAUCAGAGCGAGUUCACUGCUGAGAACCUCUUCGAGGCGAUGUAUACAGAGAAGAUCGAAGCAGACUUCAAGGCAGGCAAAUUAGACGAACACGGGAACAGUCUGGAACCCUCCGAAGACGAAAUGCUCGGGUAUGAAGAAGCGAAAGCCCGGGCACAGCGCACGGGGGCAGAUUAUUUCAACAGAUUUUGGGAUGACAAGCGAAUACUAUGAUCGGAAUGGAUUAUGUAUGUAUUUGUGAAAUAAAAUACGUAGUUAU